CUGAGGAUGACAUGAGCAGCGCGCACCAUGUCCUUCAACUACGACCGCUAUGACCGCCGACAGCCUGCGGCCCGGACGCGCUCCACACUUGGCUACUGGGUGCCCCUAGUCCUCACCGUCACCGUCGCGACCGCCGGGCUCGCGGCCUGGGUGUGGUCCGAACGCCGCGACGACGAAGACGAGUCCUCGGAAGACGACAACCUCAGCUACGGCGAGGAGCGCGACGGCAAGACGCCGCGCCGCACCACCCACGGCGGCGGCAGCAGCGCGCCUCUCCACCGCGACAACACGGGCCUGUCGCAGGGCGUCGUGCCCCAGGACGACCUGGUGUCGCGCGUCCAGGGCGUGAUCCGCCGCACGCCGAGCCCCCAGCAGGUGUUCGACACGGUGAGCAAGAAGACUGCCGCCGGCUGGGCGGCCGCCGGCGCAGCGCUGGCCAGCAUCCGCGAGGAGGACAAGGACGACUAUGGCGACCACACCCGCUGGUCCGAAGAGGCUGCCAUCCGACGCAACGUCGAGGCACAGUCCGCACAGAGCUCGUCCGCAGUAGACGAGCAGGCCCGCGCAUUCGCUGCCUCGGUCCGCAGCGGAGGCAGCGGAGGCAGCGGAGGCAGCGCCGGCGGCAAGAGGAAGACCGUCGUGCUCGUCGUAUCCGCCGAGGCCCUGACGGGCUCACAGGAUCACGAUGGCUCCUACCGCUCGGAGAAUGCCACCAUCCUCUCCCACCUCCCCGACACCGACUUCUCCAAGACCAGGCUCUUCGUCCUGAUCUACUCUCCCUCCCUGCGCUCCCGGCCCGGCUCUCGCAGCCAGUCGCGCGACCGCUCCUCCCCCCUUGGCUCCUCAUACUCUGCCAUCAGCACACCAGCACGCACACCUGGCGAGGAACUGACAUCCAUCGACCCUCAGCCCGACCCUCAGCCAGACCACCAGCUCUACACCCCCGCGCUGUCGGCCCGCUCCGCAGACACCCUCCUCUGGAACACGCUCCACUCCCAGGCGCUAAGGCUGGUCGAGAACGCGGCCAUGGUGUUGCCCUUCAGCACGCCCUCGGGAUUCGUACACAUGCUCCGCCACAUCGGCCCACAGCUAGUCUACCUCGUCGAUGCACUCAGCGGCGUCCAGGGCCGCAAUGUCGAGGACAUCAAGAGAUGGGUCGGCCAGACCGUUGUCGUGGUCGGCAGUGACGGCACAGGCCUCGGCGGCCUCGUUGAUACAGAUGAUGAGGCACCGGGAGGGAAGGGCAAGGCGUCGGAGCACCAUGUCAGCAAGUGGUGGGAGAGUGCCGACAUGGUCGGUCUAGGAAAAGGCGUGGAGGUGGUCGAUGCAUCCAGGCUCGAGGAUGACUACGAGAGGAGGGUUGGAGGGCGGGAAUAGCGAGUGAUGGGCCAGGUGGGGCUGUACAUCCUGAUUGUUGAUCGCUUUGGCGGGUACUUGUUGAUAUAUGCUCAUGUUUCGAACGAAGAAAUGAACACCGCACACUGUUUCCUUCGCACACAUUGCGCGACUCUCCUGCUUCGGCAACUGCCACUGCCUCCUCAUCAUCCAACAUCAUCACCGUCGCACUCCUUUCGCAAGCUUCGGUUCACCACUCACUACCGUAAACUCCAUUCAGCACCCAAGCGCCCUCCCCGCUUAGCCGGGGAUCUACGUUGAUGCAAAAAAUGUG